CCCUAUAACUUCUCAAGCCCAAAACCCUACAUAUACGCCAGCUGAAAUGAUUCUUGUUUUCUCACUUUCUUCGCAUACUCUUCCAACGUCGAAUGUUGUUGAGAAAAAACAAAUUCAAAUUUCCCAAAUACCCCGCUCAAUGUGUAUUGCUUCCCAUAGUCUCCGAUCCUGUAGAUUCCAGAAAGAUGCAAAUUCCAUAAAUGCCCCUCUUUAAUGGCUAUUGAUCUUUAUACCCUGUUCUUUGAGUUUCUUGAAAGAAGAUGAAAGGUUCUGUUGAAGAUUCUUGGAUUCUGAUAGUGAAAUUUCCAUACUCCACUCCGGUCGUCGGCGUUGAAUUCAUUCCUUACUUCCGCGUCACGAAGCCCAACAUUGAAGCUCCUGAAUACACAUUGAAAUACAAUUGGUACCGAUUGGAAAGUAAUGAAAGUAAUGAAAGCAAUGAAGAAUUUUUAGCUUGUUCUGUGCACCCCACUAGCUUGGCAAAGUUUCAGUGUUGGCCCUGUGCAAUGUUAAAGAUACGGGUUGAGGAUAGUUGCCACUGCUCUGAAAGAUGUUUUCGUGACUCAUGGCCUCACCACCGUGCACGCCACAAUGAUGCAUGGGGCAGGCUGGGGGGCUGUGGCUCUUGGUCUUCUGAUGAUAUAUACCCUUAUUUCCUUGAAAAAACUGCAACAGUGGUGGAAAGAGAUGAUAAAUCGUGGCUCGAGGUGGGCUGUUCAGAGACCUAUGUGCCUGCAGCUAUAGAUGUUGGCUACAUUUUGAAACUAGAAUGUGCAGUUGUGGAUUCUGUCACUGGAAACCCCUUGGCCCCAACAAACAUCACACUGACUGAUCGUGUCAUUUUCCCACCUCUGCCUCAUCUUCGUCGUAUGAUCCAAAUAGGUUCAGAAACUCAGCCCGUGAGGUCCAGAACCUUUAACGUCCUCACCUACAAUGUGCUUUCGGACCAUUAUGCUAGACUGGGUGCCACACGCUACCAUUACUGCCCCAAGUGGGCCCUUACAUGGCAAUAUCGCAGGCAGAACUUGCUUCGAGAGAUCAUCAGAUAUGAUGCUGAUAUCAUUUGUCUUCAAGAGGUACAAAGUGAUCAUUUUGAGGACUUCUUCGCACCCGAGUUGGGAAGACAUGGAUACUCAGCUAUUUACCAGAAGAAAAUCAAUCCGAUUGAAUUUCUCAAAACUGCAGAACUACGUGUUAAUGCACUUCCAUCGAAUCAGAGGAAAGAUGGUGCUAGACGUUUAAUGAAGGACAAUGUGGCGGUUAUUGUGGUAUUGGAAUCAACGGAAGGUGGCCCAGUUCCUAAUAUGUUGCAAUCCGGAAGUAGCCAAUUAAUUUGCAAAUACUCACAUACAAUCCAAUGUAGAAUUCACAGAUGUCAAACUAAUGCAGGUUGCGGACCUUUUGCUCAAUGUGGAGAGUAUAGCUCACAGUGUAGCUAUGUCUUAUUGCCGUGCAGCUAUCCCUGUACUGAUUUGUGGGGAUCUGAACUCUUGUCCUGGAAGGUCACUUUUUUGCCUCCACUGAUAAAAUUGCUUGCUGUGCAUGAACUUGUGGCUUCAAAGAGUGUCCAUCCAAAUCACCCAGAGCGCAAAGAUGAUCCUUUUGGCUUGUUUCAACAAACAAAGCUUUCUCACAACAUGUCUCUGGUUAGUGCAUAUACAUCUUUUCUUCGAACAAGCAGGAAUGAGCCUGACGUGAGACGCCAACAGACAUUAAUGGAUUCCAAUACCAAUGAGCCCUUAUUCACUAACUUUAGUGAACAGUUCGUUGGAACGUUAGAUUACAUUUUCUACACAGAGGAUACAUUGGUGGUGGAUGGUCUUCUAGAGCUUUUAGAUGAGGCGCUUUUAAGAGAGGAUACGGCUCUUCCAUCGCCCAGAUGGUCAUCUGAUCAUAUUGCACUCAUGGGGAGUUUCCGAAUCAGACCAAAAACUCAUGGUGCACUAGCUUCUUCUUCUUCUUCUUCUUUUUUCCCCCCAUAUGUGUGAAUUGGGUUUCAUACUCAUCGAAUAAUUACAACAUUCAUGUAAAGAUGCAAGGUGAUUCUUUUAACGAGCUCUUUUUCCCCCCCUC